UUAAUUCUAUUUGUGCCCAUGGAGAUUUCCAGAGAACAGUAGAUGAAAUAAGUACGGUAUACUAGCUACGAGAAUAGAGCGAUAAGCAACAGGUUCAAGUUCUCGGAAUCGCCGGCCGCCGGAGAUGAAGAUCCUGCACAUCCCAUGCUUGGAAGACAACUAUUCCUAUAUGAUUAUCGAUGAGUCCUCCAAGGAAGCCGCUGUGGUGGACCCGGUCGAGCCGCACAAGGUCUUCCGAGUAGCUCAGGAGAACGGCGUUGACCUAAAACUUGUCCUCACCACUCACCACCACUGGGAUCAUGCUGGUGGCAAUGAUAAACUAAAGCAGUUGGUACCUGAAAUAAAAGUUUAUGGUGGUUCAACUGAUAAUGUGCAGGGUUGCACUGAUAAGGUUGAAAAUGGUGACAAGAUAUCUCUUGGAGCUAACAUCAACAUAUUAUCUCUUCACACACCUUGCCACACCAAAGGUCAUAUAAGUUACUAUGUUACUGACAAAGAAGGAGAUGAACCUGCUGUUUUCACAGGAGAUACACUGUUUAUAGCUGGAUGUGGAAAGUUUUUUGAGGGCACUGCAGAACAAAUGUAUCAAUCACUUUGUGUGACAUUGGCUUCGCUGCCGAAACCAACUCGUGUUUACUGUGGCCAUGAGUACACGGUGAAGAAUUUGCAGUUUGCUUUAACAGUUGAACCAGACAAUGCAAAAAUAGAGCAAAAGCUAUCUUGGGCUCAGCACAAAAGAAAGGAUGGGCUUCCAACCGUUCCAUCCACUAUUGAGGAAGAACUGGAGACUAAUCCAUUCAUGCGGGUUGAUAAUCCAGAGGUUCAGGGAAAGGUAGGAUGGAAGUCUGCUGUUGAAGCUAUGCGUGAGAUCAGGCAGCGGAAAGAUAAUUGGAAGGGCUGAUGAACAACCUUCUGAACUGUAUGCUGUUACUCUUUCCCUUUGUGUUUGUACAUAUAUAUACUCUAUCCCAAUAAGUGAAAGUGAUACUCCAACUUGGAUUCUCCAAAAUGUUGGCUAUUUUCUUAAAAUAAUCUAUGUUUUGUCAUUUUGAUGUGCA